CGCGACAUAUUAUGCUGGAGUUGGCCGUGCCUGUACUCAUUUUGGACGUACAAUUUAAAUGGAAAGGUGUUUACAAGGUGGGGAUGUUCACUAUACGUGUUAACUGAGGAUAUCAUUUACGGUAUGUACUUUACUGUACGUAUAAUUCAGUGGAAAAAUUAUGUAAUAAAAAACUUGCUUUUUUUCACAUUACCGCCACUUUGUACAGAACAUUAUAUAGUCUCUGUUUAGAUUGAAUGAUUGUAACUAGAUACACUUCAUUAGUUACUUUACACUUUUAGUGUACUUUUAUUCGCGUAGACAAUAGGAACGCAAAAUUUGGACAUUUAGCCAAUUUUCUAGUUUAUUCAUUGAAACUGUGCUAUCCGAGAAUCUUUGUCGGUCGAGUUGCUGAAGUGACAAAAUUGACGGGGGCAGAAAUGAGUGAGCCUAGUUCGUCUAAGGACACACCAAAACCGGGAAUAUUACGUUUGGAUAUUCACAAGGAUAAACCUAGACGUUCAUCGGGGGGUUCUGUCGAAUUUCGAAAUCAACCCGAAUUACAGCGAGAGCAACAGGAGCCGUCUAUUUCAUCUACCUCAUCACAAAAUUCUGGCGUAAAAUGGGCUAUUCUCGAAAAUUUGAAUGAAAUCGCAAGUUUAACAGACGAUCAAUUCGAAGAGGUUCAAGCACGCUUAAAAACUCUAGUCAGUCCUCAACGUAAACCGUCCCAUAACCCCAAUGAAAAGAAGGAAAGAAAGAGCCGUCAGACACCUAAAACUCUUCUGCCGAUAUAUAUGGAACCGCUGAGCCCAUUACAAAUUCCAGAUUCUGACAAUUUAAAUUCUGAAGACGAAGACUAUUCAGUUUCUGUAUCUGCUGUAAUACAACGUCGAGCUAGCACUAAGGGCCGUAGAUUCAGUGGAUUCCUAAGCCCAAGAAGAACAUCCAGCCAAAUGAGUCAUAUCAUAAUACCCGGUGAUCGACGUCGUUCCAGCGUCUUUACAACCAGUUCUGGAGAUACGGCAAUAUCAUUCGGUGAUGGAACCCACCAGGAAUCAACGAAAGAACAAAUCUUUGAAAAUAUUCGCUUGCACAAAGAAGUGCUGCAAUCUGUCAAAUUACAGCCAUGGAGCAUGCGCAGAAAAUUACGUUUAGUUCGACAAGCUAAAGAAUACGUUGCCAGGCAUGAGGGAGCUUUACAUGAACGAUUUGCAAUGUCGCGUAGUACGAAAGAUUUGUGGGCCCGAUUCAAAAUUUGGUUGGCAGCUAAAUUUCUGCACUGGAAGAGAGAAAUCGAAAAUCUAUCAACGGUACUAAUUCCAUGGGAACUGCGCAUCAAAGAAAUCGAAUCUCAUUUUGGGUCCGUGGUUGCCUCGUAUUUCACGUUUCUUCGAUGGCUUUUCUGGGUGAACAUUGUGAUAGCCGUUGUUUUAACAGCUUUCGUUGUUAUGCCUGAAUUUUUGGCGUCCCAAUGGUCGAACAAUAAGGACGAUCCCCGGAAAAACAUGUUAACCUUAGAGAAGGCAAAUGCCACCAAGUUUACAUCGAUAUGGGACUUUGAAGGUUUCUUAAAAUAUUCGCCACUGUUUUAUGGCUACUACUCUGACUUCUCGGAUACUGUCCAUUGGCACUAUGAUUUACCGUUAGCGUAUUUCUUGACUGGUCUCUUGGUGUACAUUUACAGUUUCUGGGCCACGCUGAGAAAAAUGGCAGAGAAUUCUAGAACGUCCAAACUUUCAUCUAAAGAUGAUGAGUGCGUUUUUUCUUGGAAAUUAUUCACAGGCUGGGACUUUAUGAUAGGCCAUGCCGAAACUGCUCAUAAUCGUAUAGCAUCGGUUGUGUUAGGGUUCAAAGAGGCUCUACUGGAGGAAGCUGAAAAGAAAAAGGACAAGAGAAAUUGGAAAGUCAUAGUUUUACGUAUAAUCGUCAAUUUGGUGGUGAUAAAUUUACUCGGAGUGUCGGCCUACGCAGUCGUAAAAGUAGUCAGUCGAUCUACAGGAGAAUUACCGAACGAUUCGUAUUGGCGCCGCAAUGAAAUCACGCUUGUCAUAACUUCAAUAACGUUCUUCUUUCCAAUGUUCUUCGAAGUGCUCGGACUCCUCGAACGAUACCACCCACGGCGUCAGCUGAGAAUGCAAUUGGCCCGAAUUAUGGUGUUGAACUUGCUGAACUUAUACGCCCUUAUCUUUGCACUGUUCGAUAAAAUCGAAAAAAUGAGCGUUACAUCGGAAGACCUUAAAGUGAAUAUAACGAGACUCCGGGACGAAGCCUAUUUAGCCACUCUCCAUUCACUCUCGGACGGUGGAUCAAAACAUCUGUUAAGCCAUAGCGACGGCUACUUACCGUUCACAACUGAUUUGUACCCCACACCUACAAAUAUGCCGGUCACUGAAGAAACAACAGCCUAUUUCGAUACUACAACGCCCAUGUGUCGUAACGUUUCUGUGCGUUGCGAUACAUCGACUGCACCCAAUCAGACCAUGAUGAUAGCUGCGAUCGCAUCGAUUCUGCUGUCUUCAACAAUGCGACCGGAGUACAUGUCGAAUCCUACGACUGCAUUCGAUGUGACCGACCAAUACGGAAGCAGUACGGAAGCGUAUGACUAUUCUACUGAAUAUUCUACUGGCAAUUCAACUGACUAUCCCACCACGGCGUUUGAUGGGAAUGCAACACGUCGAUUCAAACGGGAAACUGAUGAUGAUGACUAUGAGUAUUACGACAAUGCAAUCGCCGAUCUCUACGCGGAAAUUCAAGAAGGAACGUAUUCUUCGACCAGUUUGAAUGGAAAUGAGAGCGAUAUUUUUGCGACAAUAUCAACAAUUCUUGAUAACAUUAGAUCGACCUCUUCGACUGAUGACAACAUGGCUGAUUAUGAGCGAUUUGUGAGCGAAAAGGUAACGGAAUACUAUGAGUCUACUGCAACCGAGGAGACCUGCUUCGCAAUAGUUUGCGACACGACAUUAUCGCCCAGUUCUGAUGAAUCAACAUCGCCUAGUUCUGAUGCAUCAUCAUCGCCCAGUUCUGAUGCAUCAACAUCGCCUAGUUCUGAUGCAUUUUCGAUUACAGACACAACAUCUGAACGAUAUGAACAGUCUGAGACUAAAAAGGACAUGUAUGAACCGACGGUCAUCGAACCCGAUGGUUCUAGCAAAAACUCGACUAACAAUAGCACAAAGCCCAAAGAAAGUCUGAUCAAGUUUGUAAGCAGAAUGGAUGAGGCCGAGCAGUUGCCGUUACGUAAAUUGUGUUGGGAGACAAUGUUCGGUCAGGAAUUGGUGAAGUUGACUGUAAUGGACCUGGUAGCGACGGUUGGAUCCAUAAUAUUCGUGGAUUUCUUUAGAGCCCUGUUUGUCAGAUUUUUUAACAAGUGUUGGUUCUGGGACUUAGAAAAACGGUUUCCGAAGUACGGGGACUUCAAAAUAGCCGAGAACAUUUUGCACCUGGUCAACAACCAAGGUCAAGUUUGGAUGGGAAUGUUUUUCUCACCAGGUCUGGCGAUCCUGAAUCUCGUAAAAUUAGUGAUUAUAAUGUACCUACGGUCGUGGACAGUUCUGACAUGCAACGUACCACACGAAGUCGUGUUCCGUGCCUCAAGAUCAAAUAACUUUUAUUUAGCGCUGCUGUUGACGAUGCUAUUCCUUUGCGUUUUGCCAGUCGGUUACGCCAUUGUUUGGCUGCGCCCGUCGUGGCACUGCGGACCAUUUUCAAAUUAUGACGAAAUUUAUUUAAUUUUCACGGAUACAUUGAAAAAAGUCUUGUCAAAAGAUGUGCAUGAACCGUUGAAGUAUAUAUCAUCGCCUAGCACUGUGAUACCCUUACUUCUACUACUGAUUUUGAUCAUUUACUAUCUGGUAUCGGUAACGAAUGCUCUACGAGAAGCUAAUCAGGACCUUAGGCUGCAGUUACAAAGGGAACGCACUGAAGGUCGUAAGAAAAUGCUAAAAAUUGGUCAAGCCAAAACUGAUGAUACUGGAAAUGGUGGAGCUAUGGAUCGAUGGCGUAAAGUAUUGGAAGCUUCGUCACCAUUGACGCCAUCUGGAACGGGAGCACCGAUUGAUCAGGACGAAGUGAAGAUACAAGCAAGAAAGGAACUCUUGGCUCGUAUAAUGCGAAAAGCCCUUCGGAAGUCUUCGGUUUCGGAAGACGACAGCAUUCCACUUCAUCCGCAAGAUGACGAAACUGACACGGAGCAACACGACUCAUUGCCCCAUGACUAUGACACCCAUCAUUCGUCUCGUAAAAAAUCAUCGGGCAAAAAGAGUCGACAGAAUUCUAUCGACGAAAAGAAGCCAGCGACGGCAACGCGCCAAAGGAAAUCGUCUACGUCUCGCUUGAAAGACAUUGUGCAGGUUGCUGCAGCUAAAAAGGAUUUAGCAAACGAACAUCCGAGUGGCCGGUACAAAAUUGACAAAGUUAUCAAUACGCAACCGAGGAGUGAACAACCGAAACCACCUCAAUAUCGAAUGGAACCCGAUACCGAUCAACAAGUCGUAUCAGAACGUCGACGAAGUCUACUUCGACGUCAAGGUAACCUAGUUUCGAAUCGGGCCGACAUACCCACAAUCCCAUCGGAAUCAUCGCAGGAGAAGCAGAACAUCAGCUAUGAAAUCAUCAACGAACGGAACCAAGAAGUGGAACUACGCGCAAAAAGUCAAAGUCAAAGGUCGAAAUUGGAACCGGAAAUUUUUCGAUUUGAUCGCGAUGACAUUUACCGGAACGAUGAUAUCAGUGACGAUGACAACACCAGCUACAAAGAGAUUGAAUUUCCCAAAGUGGGAACGUCGUCCCAUGAAUCGAAAAGCCAAAGUUCCAACGAAAUCUGUUGGAAUCAAAAUGUGCCGGACGACAUUAUGCUGGGCAUCGACGACUCAGAAGCGAAACACUCAGCUUCCGGUUCGUCGACGCCCGAGUAUGCAACAGUUGUGAAGAGGAAGCCGGCAAAAUUGGAAAAUAUUUCCGCUCACAAGGGGGAGCCCACAAAACCGAUUGCGAUCGACUCAAAAUCGACGACCGAGAAGCCCAAACGGAGAUUCAAUUCCUUUUUAGCUUUAGUGAGGGAGGCUGUGUCGACGAAAAAACAGGAAAAUUUACACGACUCAGCCGAUACAAGUGUGGACAUUCAAGACUACGACGAAUUGGUGACGGAAGAAAGUGAAUCACUGAAUUCACGCAAAGGAUCGCGAAAAAUCUAUCGCUUUGAUGCAAAAAAUAAGCGGAACGACUCAAGCAGCUCGUUGUGGUCGGACAAUAUACCGGUGAUUACGAUCAGUAAAACGGAAAGUGACGAAUGCAUUUUGGAAGGCAAUUCCAACGAAUCGUUGCACAAGGCAAAGAAAAACGGUAAGCCGGAAGAGGGAAGUGUACAACCAAAGUAGUUUGGUGUUUGAUGGGGUCAGUCACUCUGAUUAACCACUCGUAAAUCGUAGUUAAUCUUUGGAUAAUCAGGUUUUAAUCGAAAAAAGAGCAUACCCCUUUGCAGAUCAGUUGUUGAAAUAUUUUGGAAACGUGUGUACAAGUCGAAAGCGUAAUUUGUUACUAGUUGGAACAGACGUCAACUUAAAAAAAUUAUCUGUGCAGCAGUUUUCUCAUCUUCA